AUGCUGUCACCAGACUCUUCUGUAACAAAAUUUAGAGUUAAAAAAUUUCCAGUUACAGAUGGAAAUGGGAACAACUUUAGCCAUCAUCAAAUUGAACAAAUUAGUCACGAACCAGUCGCAAAGGUAACAAGUUGUUUGAGAUGCAGAAAACUAAAGAAGAAAUGUAACAAGGCUAAACCAGAGUGUUCAAAUUGUGAUAAAGCAGGUGAGAAAUGUCAGUAUGUCCCCAGAAAACAAAGAGUGACAAAGAAGGAUAAAUUGAAACUUAAACUGGAAGGACCAACGACCCCACAUGACAUACUCAAUCCGUCGAGUCCAAGCGUGCCACACCAUGCUAUUGAGCAUUUGAGUCCAGCAAUACUGGACAGCCUGUCGUAUCUUACUCAACAACUGGACCAAAUGCAGACGCAACCAGCGAGAUUAUUUCACCCUCAACUCCACACAAACUACAGCGUGCCAUAUGCGAAUAUCGAGCAUAAUCAUUCAGAUUUGAGAUCCAUGACACCAGCUAAUGGACAACAACAUCAUCAUCAUCAACCAGAAGAACAACUGCAAAGGGAAAUCCCUUCGCAGGACCUUAACAACGAGCACGGCCCGCAAUCAUUCUCCACAAUUUCAACUCCACCUACCACUCUAAACCCAAUCGAUGCUCGAGCUCCAAGCUUUGAUGCAUAUCCAAAGCAGAUUUCCAAGGUAUUAUACGGUGCAGUAGGAAUCAAGACAAACUCCAAUGUCAGUAUAAUACCACCCAUAAUUGACAAAGUCUUGCUUACACGAAUCAUGAAUGCAUUUUUCAUGCACACGUACAGAAUAUGUCCUGUGAUCAACAAAAACGAAUUUCUCAUCAAGUUUAAUCAAAUGUUUAAAGAUGACGGUGACUGUGUGUCGUUGGAAGAGUUUGAAGACCAAUAUGAAUUGUAUAUGGUGUUGGCAAUUGGUGGUACGCAUUUGGAAAGAUCAGGUAUCAUCGGCAGGGAGAAGCGCAUUUCGGAAUACUUUGUCUCUAUGGCGUUAGCAAGUGUACACAAUAACAUUUCCAAGAAUGAUAUUGUCAGUAUGAAGAAUCUAAUGUUACUAGCAUUGUAUUCAUUUUUCAACCCGGCUGAGUUUAUUGUAUGGGAAAUUGCUGGAAAAUUGGCAAGAAUGGCUAUCCAUUUGGGAUUGAAUCAAGCUGUUUCAAAACAAGAAUCAGAACGAUUGACUGCCCGACAAAUCGAAAUGAGAACAAGACUUUUGUGGUCAGUUUAUACAAUUGAUCGAUUGACUUCGGUCACGUUAGGUAGGCCAGUGGCACUUCAUGAUGAUGAUAUUAACGUUCCAUUACCUCAGAUUCUAGACGAUGAAGAAUUGGAUGAUAUUACAACUUACCGAUUAGUGAUCCAUUUAAGACAAAUUGAAGGACAAAUUUUGCGAAGAGUUCAUUCGGUGAAUGUACAUAAACAAUUUCAAAAUAAGAAUCAACCCGAAGAAGAAUUACGCGAGCAAGUCUUGCAAGAACUACGCAAUGAAAUUGAGGAAUGGCACAGUAAGGCAAAUGAGUUGGAACAUACUACAACUAGACCGAAGCAAUCAUUAGCAUUUAGAGCGCUGAUACCGUGGUUUACUGCUAGAUACAAUCAUUUACUUAUUCUUCUUUACCGUCCUUCAUACUUGAACCCACAACCACUGCAGGAUAAGCUUGAUACCUUGGGUAAAGCAUGUUUGCAGACAUUAUCAUCGACUUAUAAAUUAUUCAAGUCGAAGUCCCUCCCGCUAAAUUGGACCACGCUAUACCGAUUUCUCAUGGUGUGCACUACAAUCUUGUACUGCUUAUGUAAAUGGGCAAUUGAUUUAAUGGAGUCGAAAACGGAAAUAUGUUAUUGCAUAGAGAUCUUCCAGGCGUUUGGAAGUGAUUGGGUUGUAGCUAAAAAAUGUGCCGAAGUUUUCAAGAAAAUUGAAAACAAGUUGUUGGAGAUAACUUUAACUGAUGGUCAUACCAGUGAUAUGGACAAUUUGUCAAAAGAACUUUUAGGAGCAUCAAGCUCUUAUCAUGAGAUAUUAAACGUCCAUUCCGUGGAUCUUUGCAUCGACAGUCAAUACAUGUAUGGAUUUGAGAGUUGA